CCGUUUGCGGACGCAUAAUUGAAUAAUAUUACCUAGAUAACAUAUCAAGCAGCUGGCCUGUGUGCAAACUGAUGCCCUCGUGCGUUGGCAUUGAAGAGGCGUUGAGGGAUACCGACGUUCGCUUUACGGCUGCGUGGUCUAUGGCGGCGCCCGCUCUAAACUUGUUCGGGGGCUUCCAGGAUCACUUGGGACCUACGAACGAUGAGCUCCUAGGCCAGAGGCCACAAGGCGCCAUGUUUGGGGGCGCGGACUUCGGCCUUCAUGGUUUUAGUCAGGAGCAUAAGGAGCUCUUCAGGCAGUAUUCACAGCAAGUGGAGCAGGAAAGGGAGGCUCAGGCGCGCAUGCAGCACGCUUUUGAGGCCGCGGCAGCUAGCUCUUCCAGCGGUACCCCGACGCACGCCGGCUUAAUGGGACAGAGCCAGGGUCUGUCUUCCGCGCCUCAAGCCUCGCAGCAAGCAUCCUCUCAAGCAGCCUUCACGCAUACAUCUGCGUCUGUUCCUCACACCCCAUUGAAACCUUUCGACAGCGCACUUGCGGGCCUUGGAACAUCCGCUCUAAGCACUCCGAACAUAUCCGCUGGAACAAUUUCUCUUCCAACACCUGCGAUGAAUACCGAAGGCGCUUCGUCCGCGCUCCACAGCGGAUCGCCCAUGACUCCCCGCCAGCUCGUUUCGCCUGGAGAACACAUGCUACUCAUGCCCCCAGCCUCCCUCCUCACGGUCCAUACGCCUUCACCUGGCCAGAUGCCUCAAGGCCACCCCCACGGACCGCCACCGCCGCCGCCCUCUACGCCCAACAGCCUUGUAGGCAUCGGCAGCGGGGGCUCAGGCCCCAGCAACGGCAGCAGGGACGGUAACAACGCCACUCAAGGACAGCUCACGAUUGUCUUUGCCAACGCACUGGCUCAAGCCGCCGUGGAACGAGGUGUGGAUCCCGGAACGCUAGUGCAGCUCCUGCAGAGUCCCAAGCUGGUGGAUGUGCUGCUAUCAAAGGCAGGAGAUCUCCAGCAGCAACAACAGCAGCAGCAGCAGGGCAACCAGAUGCAGACGCACGCGCCCCGGGCUCCGCCGCCGCCUCCGCCUCCCAAAUCUUCCCAGCUGCAGAGUCGUCUAUCCGCGCCCGUCCCCGGCGAGUGGUCGCAUCACCACUCGAGCCCCCUCCUGAGCUCUAGCAGCAUCCCGCACUUCCGCCCGCCGCCACCACCGCCCCCACGCCCCUCACAUGCAGCUACGCCUCCCGCCAACUAUGGUCACGGAAGCUCCGCGGGUGGUGCCGGCAGCUCGAGCGGCGUCGGAAGCGCCGGCAGCAGCGGCAGCCUGGAUAACCUGCCCUCCAUGCAACACAUGCUGUCGAGCGGCUUCCUCCAGGAGUUCGUGUCCGCUCGAAACGUGCUCGUGCAGGUGAUGAUGUCGGCCUACAACUUCCUCAACUCGGAGUCCAUGCACGACUUUUACGACAAGCUACAUCCCAUCUCCAAGCUGUACGACGAGAUGCACGAGCUGCCUGUCGUACAGAAGCGCAAGCGCUGCUUGGAGAUGUCGUACCUGCGACUGCAGCUCAUGCAGGACCCUGCCUUUGUGCAGAUCCUGCAGGCCGUGUGCGCGCUGCGACACCACCUGCACAGCCUCUCCCGCAAGGUGUUGCUCAUGAACCAGGG